AUCAGCUGUGUCCAAUCACUGCUGAUCGCCCUGAUGAUCAGUGUAGCCCCGGCAGUGCCACCUGCCAGUGUCCAUCAAUGCCAGCUGUCAGUGCUCAUCAAUGCCACCUGCCCAUCAGUGCCACAACAUUGCCACAUAUCAGUGCCCAUCUGAGCUGCCUUUCAGUGUCACCAAUCAGUGCCAGUCAUGCCAUCUAUCAAUGCCAGUCAGUGCCACCUAUCAGUGCCAGUCAGUGCCACCUAUCAGUGCGCAUCCGUGAUGCCUAUCAGUGCCCAUAAGUGCUGUCUAUCAG